CUAAAGUUUCGUCGAAACGAAGUUACAGAAAAUCAAUUAACGACUGGACGCGUAACAGUUAUUUGCUUUCUGUCUACUUCGGAGAAUCUAAUUCCAGAUUUUAAUAUUGUAAGUCCGGAAAAUGACGGCUUACCCACUGAAUGAUAAAACUAUUAGCAAAAUUGUGUUAUUUAGUAUCCUUAAAUAUAAAUAUAGUUUUAUCUUUCCGUAAACUAAAAUUGGAGAUCAAGAAAGAGAGAGACAGAGAAAAAGAAUGAAAUCUAAUUACACAUUAAUAUAAAUUUUAAAUACAAACGUUGGAUAAAUAUAUUUUGAGAUAAUGAUAAAUAUUUUGCAAAAGACGUAGAUUUAUAUCUGUUCUUCUUGUUGUGUGUUGUUAAAAUAUAUUUUUUAAUUUAAAAAAAUGCUUGUCAUAGUCUCAACACCACAUGGCCACAACGUUAUUGAUUACACGAAGAGGCAAGCUAGUUAAUGCUACUAGUGCUAGGUUUUAAGAAAAGGGUGUACUACGUAUUGUUACACUUUUGAAAGAUUAUAUUAUACUAUUUUUUUUAUAGUCCUAUAUUCAAAUCAUUAUGAUAUUGACGAAACGUAAGAGCUGAUUUUUAGUUAAUUUUUAAGUAAUUUUAUUCAACGCACACCAAAUCUGGCUUUUCAGUUUGAGAAGGCAGUAACUUGUUAAAAUAUAUAGUAAAAUGGGUAACGUGUUAGCUUCAAGUUCAAGUAUCUCGCCAUCCCCAAUACCUUCACCACCACCUCCAAAUGCUCCUCCACCUUCGACUGCUGGCAGUCUUGGGCCUGAUGAAACUGAGAAAUUGGACAGCAACCAUAAUCCUGGUUCAAUGGAGGACUUGCAUAAGAAAUGCAAAGAGAUUUUUCCAGUUAAUUUUGAAGGAGCUAAAUUGAUGGUCAACAAAGGCUUGAGUAAUCAUUUCCAGAUAAGUCACACUCUUAGUUUGAGUUCCAUCACUCCAUCUGGAUAUCGGUUUGGUGCCACAUAUGUAGGUACCAAGCAGUUGAGCCCAGCAGAGGCUUAUCCUGUGUUAUUAGGGGACAUUGAUCCAAGUGGAAACCUCAAUGCCAACAUUAUCCACCAAUUUAAUAAGCACCUACGUACUAAGUUUGCUGCCCAGAUACAAGAUUCACGCUAUUUGGCAUCACAGCUAUCAGCUGAUUUCAAAGGUCAUGAUUAUACAGCAUCACUUACCUUGGGCAACAUUGAUGUUGUCAAUGGCUCAGGGAUAGCUGUUCUUCAUUAUCUUCAGUCAGUUACAUCAAAGGUAGCAGCUGGGGCAGAGCUUGCUUAUCAGUAUGGGUCUCAAGUCCCAGGUAGUGAGAUGGCUGUUCUAUCUCUAGCAGGUAGAUACACAGAUGAGAAUUGUUUAUAUAGUUGA